CGGCGCGCGGGCACGCUGUGUCCCAGGCAACCAAGUGACGUCAACAACGUCGAGGAAACGUCAGUAUUUGGUGGAAUAUAUACACGUGGUUGAACAUUACGUCAUAUCGACGUCUUUUGUUGGUGAUUUUAAAUACGUAAGAUUAAUGACGUUAAAAUACGUUUAAAAGACGUUUUUAUUUCAGCCAGCCUAAGUCUGACGUCACGAAAUUGGGAGGAGCUUGGAGCUUAAAAGUUACAAAACUAAGGUUAUGUUUGUUGUUUGUUUGUAUCGUUGUCGUUCGUUUGUCCUAGUCACGUCUUAGUAUUUUGCCUAUUUUGGAUUCAUUUGGAUUUUGUUGGCUGUUUUGCGUGUAUUUUUUAAAACUUUUGUUUGUCAUUUGUAAAUUUUAUAAAUUUACCACAAUGCAAAGUGAUUACCUAUUUAAGGAAAUUAUUAUUGGAAACUCCGCAGAUGUUUUAGAAAGAUAUUCAUUGAAGCUGAAAAUAAUUGGAGAUUUAGAUCCAUAUACAAUUCAGUCAUCAGAAUUGGAUUUUACAGUGCAUUCCAUCAAUUACUGUUAUAAUGCUAUUAUAGAUAGACUGGUAGAGUCUCACAGUUACUACUUUAAGCAGCAGAUGAAAGCAUACAAAAGCCUUCAGGCACAUAAAAGCCUUCACAACUGGAUUUGUUUUGAAACAUUUGAUGUUUUGAUGAUUUUUAUUUUAUUGUUGGAAAGGUGAAGAAUUCCCAAAAAGCUAAUGCUAAACCACUAGAUGCUUGGGUGAUAGCCAGUUCCAAUGGCAUAGCAAAUGCACAUUGUAUGUGUAUUGCCGGUAAUAGUGAAGUUUGCAGCCAUAUUGCAGCAAUCUUAUUUGCAGCUGAGUAUGCCCACAGCAAGACAGAAGAAGAAGAACCCAAUGCAUGUACAUAUGUUACAGCUAUGUACAUUCUCUGGUGAAAAACUAACGAGUUUUCAAACUGUUCGGUCAGAGUGCUUGUUGCGCUCUCUAAACGAACUGAAAUAUAAGACGGCUUUGGCUUCAUGUUGCAGCGAUAUGAAAAUGGUUAGUCAUUUUUAAUUAUAAUGUACUUCCUCAUCAUGAGUAUUUAUGUAUAGGGCUUUUCAUUCACAGUCAUUUGUUUCGAGCUGCUGUCAUGUGUCACAUAAUAUUAAUAUUAUAUCUACGUCAUACGUUAUUGGUAUAUACCAAUAAUACACACCAAAGACAUAUCGCGUAGAUAUAUUAAUAUUAUGUGACACAUGGCAGAUGCUCGAAACAAAUGACAGUCGAUAAAAAGCCCUAUUAGUCUUUUAAGUGUGUAUUAUCAGAUAUCACAUGUAAAUUGUUUUUAUCAUUUUAAUUUGGUCAUUACAGUCCCUUAAUCAAAAAAUAUAUUUUUCAGGUGUCUGUGGAUCUUUUUGUAUGCAACUAUUUGUAAUAAUUAUUUGAAAUCAUUUUGAGGAUUAUAAGAGUAUGGAAAUAUAAAUGUGAGAACACAGACUAUUAUAGUUUUGUCCUAUUUUUUAUCAUUCAAUCGUCUUCUUUAAAAUUUAUAAAUAUAAAGCAGAUAGUUUUCAUUGAAAUUCAAUAUAUUGGGUCUUAUUUGUAUGUAUUCAUUUUUGACUAAAGGUACGAUUCCGAUAACGACUGCAGACAGCAACUGCAAACAUCAGUUGCAGCUCUCGGCGUUAUGGACGUUACUACUUUGCACUAUUUAUCUGUAUGAGACUGAUUCCGACAUCUGACUGCAACUGCUGUCCGGCAGAAUGUCAGUUGCUAAUAAUUAUGCAAAUUAUUAGUGCAAAAUAAUGACGUCUGUCAUUGUGACAACUGUAACUGCCAUCUGCAGUCGUUGUCAGAAUCGUACCUUUAAAAUUUGUUGUAUAAUUAUAAUAAUUAUAUAUAUAUUAUAUAACUUAAAUGGUUUAAACUUAAGUUUGUUAUUACAUUGUGACUUAAAUGUUUAAUUUGUUAAUAAAUGAUUUAUUAGUUUA